AUGCAGCGAUAUGGCAUGAGAAGCUUUGGAAACUUGGCGGUCUUCGAUGAUUCUGCGUCAUCCAUCUCGAUGGAGCUCUCGGCGAACUCGCAUCAAAAUGUCGGCAACCUGAUGCCGACAGGGGGGGUUGUCUAUGAAUCCUUUGAUGGUCCGCCGGAAGCAAGUCAUGAACAUUUGUCGCAGCAAAAAUAA